UGUCAAAGCAUUUCAUCUUUUUGCAGCACGGCUUUGGAACAGUUACGAUGAACAUCAGAUAAAAAAAGAAAGAAAAAAGUAGAGGGGGGACAGGAGAAAUUCGUGUAAUAUCACUUCAUUCUGCUUCAGCUGUUAAUUAGCCAGCUUAGACAUUUUAGCCUUUUCUGACAGCCCCCUCUCUCCUGUCACACUUUGAGCUAAACUAUAAUGCAUAUCAUUACAUUUCCCCAUAGAAAGGACACCACUAAGUGCUACUGAAUUGUUACUUGUGACUAUGAUGCUUCUAUGGAGGAUCUGCAACGCAAUGGUUGUUUACACAGCAGGUGGAUGUGACGUCACGGACAAACAAAAACAUCCAAAUCCGCGAUUCCUCCUUUUUCCUCCUUGCUUUUCGAUGUGUUAAAAAUCUAACAACAACAUUAAGAAAGGAGCUUGUUCCUCUCCCAGCGAGACAGACCGGGAGGCAGCGCGCGUGAAAGUCCACAUUUUUUUUAUUCGACGUCCUCGAGCAUCAUGGAAAUGAAAUGAAGUGAAGUUGACCUCGUUGGGAACGAUUCUAAGCCACUAGGGAGAGUUGGUUACACCACAACUACUAAGAGCUGCAUUCUGAUUGGAGGAAUGGGGUGCCAGUCUGUCCCGCGCCAGUGAGUGUGCGUGUUGGUCCUGCCAGGAGACUCCGGCGGUGACAUCCUGUAGGGCCCACAGAUCAAAGGCAAGGAGGCUGAUUUACCAUCGCCGGAACUGAAGAUUGCUUAUAAUAAGCAAGUCCUUGUAGAAGGUUUCUGAGACAUGAUGCAAGAAUCUGGGACGGAGGCGACGAGCAACGGACCAGCCAAUCAAAAUGGAGGAGCGGGUGCGGAGCCGACGUCCAGGGAGGGACGGCCCAAGAGUGCCACGCCGUCGGUGGAGGUUAGCGCCGCUGACCUCCUGCAUCUGCAGCAGCACCAGGCUCUCCAAGUGGCUCGGCAGAUCCUCCUCCAGCAGCAGCAGCAGCAGCAGCAGUCUCAACAAAACACCGGCCGCAAAUCCCCUAAAGCAAACGACAAGCAGCAAGGGCUUCAGGUUCCAGUGUCAGUGGCUAUGAUGACACCUCAAGUGAUAACUCCUCAGCAGAUGCAGCAGAUCCUUCAGCAGCAAGUCCUGAGCCCUCAGCAGCUCCAGGUUCUUCUCCAGCAGCAGCAGGCCCUCAUGUUACAGCAGCAGCAACUCCAAGAGUUCUACAAGAAGCAGCAGGAACAGCUCCACCUCCAGCUCCUACAGCAGCAGCAACAGCAGCAGCAUGCGGGCAGCAAGCAGAGCAAAGAGCAGCAGGUGUCAGCACAGCAGUUGGCCUUCCAGCAGCAGCUCCUGCAGGUCCAGCAGGUCCAGCAGCAGCAUCUGCUCAACCUUCAGAGGCAAGGGCUCCUCACCAUCCAGCCUGGACAGCCCGGCCUGCCAAUGCACUCCCUCACUCAGGCCAUGAUUCCAGCGGAGCUGCAGCAGCUGUGGAAGGAAGUGACAAACGCUCACGUAAAGGAGGAGCACAACAGCAGCAGCAACAACGGCCACCGGGGCCUCGACCUGUCCUCCCCGGCGCCGCCAAAGAACCCACUCCUCAACCAGCACGCCCCCACCAACGGGCAGUACAUGAGUCACAAGAGAGAUGGACCCACGCUAGAGGAGCCCUCCCCCCACAGCCACCCGCUCUACGGCCACGGCGUCUGCAAGUGGCCUGGAUGUGAAGCGGUGUUCGACGAUUUCCAGUCAUUCCUCAAGCAUCUUAACAAUGAGCACGCCCUGGACGACAGGAGCACGGCCCAGUGUCGGGUGCAAAUGCAGGUCGUGCAGCAGCUGGAGCUGCAGCUAGCGAAAGACAAAGAGCGUCUGCAAGCGAUGAUGACGCACCUUCAUGUCAAGUCCACGGAGCCCAAAGCCACCCCACAGCCGCUCAACCUCGUCUCCAACGUCACCCUGUCCAAGUCGGCCUCGGAGGCGUCGCCUCCGCUGAGCCUGCCCCAGACCCCCACCACCCCCACGGCGCCGCUCACGCCUCUGUCCCAGACCCACUCUGUCAUCACGGCCAACAAUCUGCACAACGUGGGGCCCAUGCGGCGGCGCUACUCGGAAAAGUACAACAUGCCCAUUUCUCCAGACCUCAGCCAGAACAAAGAGUUUUACAUGAACGCAGACGUUCGACCGCCCUUCACGUACGCCUCGCUAAUAAGACAGGCAAUCCUCGAAUCUCCAGAAAAGCAGCUAACACUAAACGAAAUCUACAACUGGUUCACACGAAUGUUUGCAUAUUUUAGGCGCAACGCGGCGACGUGGAAGGGUGCCGUUCGCACCAACCUUUCCCUGCAUAAGUGCUUUGUGAGAGUAGAGGAUGAGUGUGGGUCCUUUUGGACCGUUGAUGAUGAGGAGUUUAAACGCGGCCGCCACGUACAGCGAGGCCGCCCUCGGAAAUACGCCGCUGACGAGAACUUUGACGAGCUGCUCGUACAAAGUCCGGCCUUAGUGAAGAACAUUCAGACCAACUUGGGCUACGGUCCCACCCUCUCUGCUGCCUUCCAGGCUUCAAUGGCAGAAAACAACAUACCUCUAUACACUACUGCUUCCAUUGGAAGUCCCACCCUCAACUCCCUGGCCAACGCCAUCCGCGAGGAGAUGAAUGGAGCGAUGGACCAUGGAAACAGCAACGGCAGUGACAGCAGCCCGGGACGCUCGCCGCUGCCAGCUAUGCAUCACAUCAGCGUUAAAGAGGAGCCGCUGGACCCCGACGACCACGAAGGGCCCCUGUCCCUGGUGACGACGGCCAACCACAGUCCGGAUUUCGACGACCACAGAGAUUACGAGGACGAGCAGGGCCCUGACGACAUGCUGUAAGGCCAGCGCCGGCCAACACCCCCCCACCCGCCCCCCGGCCUCGGAGGCUGAGGGGCGGGGCGCGCGGGAGACGGACGCUCCGCCCAUGGCGAACACUGAACUGCAGUCUCAGCCACUGAUGACAGCUCUCAAAUGUCUCCAAGUAAACUCUUCAGUGCCAUUGCAUAGCGAGAACACGUACACGAGACCACAGAAUGGGCCCCACGCGAGGCCCCUCUUUUCUGAUUGCUUUCUACCUUUGACUCCAGCUUACAAAGUGAACUCUCCCUCUGCUCAUGUGUCGGAUGGACUGCUCUGGUACGGCGCGGCGACGCGGUGGUGGUCAGACUCCAGAUCCCGGCGCUGUGCAGCCACAUGGACUGCAGGAGGGGGGACCGGGUGCCCCCCCCCACCCCCCCACCCCCCGCUUAUUAUCUCUCCCUCCCCCUCCCUCCCUCCCUUUCUGCCUCUCUCGAACUCACACAUCUGACCACGUUUUGAAAAGAGAGAGACAGGGAGUGAAUGAAUGACGUUUAAUUUACACGGCGCGAGAGCGAAUGCAGGCUUGAGUUCAUUGUCACUGCCUUCAACACUUCCCAUUGGUCUGAUUCCAUUAUUGUGGGAGGGAUGUUGUUUUUAUUUGGGUGUAUUUUUUUUUCUUGGGGGUCAGAGGUUCUGAAAUAUCAACAUAUUGUGUCUUUGCCAUCAUUCUGUGCUGUUAUUGAUGUUGCUUUUUAUGUUUGAUUUCCUGAUCAGACCUCAUGCUCAUGCUGUGGAGAUUCCGUGUUCAGCACUUGUUGAUGAAUGUUUGAUUUUCUUCCUCUUUUAAAACACACAUACACACACACACACACAACAACCAGAAUGUCACAUACAAAGUAGUAUUUUUCUGUCAUUUAUUCCACUCUCCCAAAAAAAAGUCACCACUCUGAUGCGUAGACCACCCCACCCCUCCCCCUUUACUCCCCCUCCACUCCCCCUCCUCCUCGUCCUCUCGCUCAUGAAGUCUAUUGGCAAUGCACUACUCAUAAUGAAGGCUCUCUCCACGCAUCAAUGAAGUUUAAUUUAAGAUGCGAAUGAAUGACAGAGAAAUCAUGCAGGUUAUGAUUUAUCCUUAUGAAAUUAUACUUUAAAACAGCCCCCGAUGGCAGAGCACGCUGAGCUGCAACAGAAUUUCUGAUCACUUACAAGCUCCGGGUAUUUUAAGGCAGAAUGAAAAUGUCAGGUGUGCACGGGUGAGAUAAUAAUUUAGACCAACUAAUUGUUAUUCCUGAACGGCUCUGUCGUUGUUAAUCAAACGUGUCUGCUUUUCUGCGCCGCGGUUUCACUCGGCGCUCCGAGAUAAAGGCGCACCCCCGCUUGUUGUAUUUGUACCUCGCACACGACUGGUCUGAAGCGUCAGCGAUGAAAUGCUCGUUUUCUCUCCGUUGAAAGGGAACAAAGUCCCAACACUUGCAAUAAGACCCAAACGUCGCACAUUCCAGCAUUUGACAGCCAUUUAAAAGAGAAAGGGUCCUAAACAUCCAGUUCAGGCCAUUCAGUGGGUGUGGAUAGCUGUAGAUUAAAGAUUAAAUGUAGGGAACCAAAAGCAGCACAAAUUAGAGUUUUGGUGGAGGUUGAAAUUUUUUAAAACCACAAAUUUCAGAACUGCAAUCAACCACUUUUCAUUUUCUAUUUAUUAAUAAUAAUUUUAUUACUAUCAUGUGUUAUUUGGCUUUUUUUUACGUUGUUGAUGUGUUUUAAUAUCUCGUUCUGUGUCUACCAAAGAUAAACCACAAAGUCAAAGUUGUGUGUGAUCCAUGCAAUAGCAGAUGAGGCCAAAUAUCUCUCCUCCCUCCCUUCCUGCCUGGCAAAAAUGAGCCGGCGGCCGCCACCGGCCCGUGGCCGUCUACAGCCAGGCCAGUGCUCCUCCGGCUGGUGGUUCUCAUUCUUUUCUUUUCUAAAAACCAAAGGGGGCGUCGAGACUUGCUGCAGUUCAAGUUUUGCAGUGACCAAAUCUAAAUGGGGACGAGUCGAGUCUGACUACACGAUGACCAAAUUAGGAAACAUUUUUCUUUUAGUUUUUUUGGGCCGGCGAGCGGAAAAGGGAGCUUUUUGGUCAGCAGCAGAUUUCUCUAUGUAAUAAAGGGUAAGUAGAUAAAAUCGAUGAGUAAAAAUAUUCUGGGAGGGAACAAUGUGAAACAGAUUCUCUACUUCAACUGGACCACAAUGAUUCAACGCUGUUCUUCUUCUAUUCUUUAAACACGUGUCUCCUCUGCAAUGAUUGUAUGCAACGUUUGGAGGGUUUUAGUGUCUUUUUUUUAAGAUCGGCAAGACUUUAUGAUUGUGUUGAGUUUCUGUCAUCUUAUUACUUUUUAUAUUAAAAAACACUCCUGUCAACUAUUAAGCUGGGUACAAGGUACUUUAUGGCAGUUAUUGUUGUUGUUGUUAUGAUUUUAAGCUCACUGCUCAUUAACUAAAAAGGAAAAAAAGGGCAACACUGUGGUUUCCAUAAGACGUUUAAUAUCCAGGCAGCUGUGGGACGGGUCAGGUCCAGCCAGGCUAGGAUCGUGAGAACAGGCCCGAGCUCAUCCAUCCCCCCCCCCCCCCCCCCCCCCCCCCCACAGCAUUCGGACGGUUUGUUUGGUAUUCAGAAAGGAGGCAAAGAGUUGGUAGAUUAGAACAUUCUCAGCAUGUGUAGCUUGACAUUACUAAAGAUAACAGCAUGAGAAAAGCGUUACCUCAGUUCAAACCUAUAGGGAAUGAUUCAAUUAAACGAGGAAAAGAAACAAACAUUUCACUCGGUUGCACUUAGUCGUGUGUGUUGCAUGUGUAGUCUGAUGCUAUAGAGAAGAGAUGCGAAGUGAAAAAAAAGAAAUUAGAGCUUGUUUAUCUUAAAGGUUUCAUUUUUUUUUAAAGCCAAACAAAUUCAAACCUUCGGCCUUCUGGUUCAUAGAAAUAUCACCCAGUUGUGUGUGGCACCGUUCAUCCUGUCGAAGUCUGUCCUGUACUGAUGGGUCGUGUUAAGGGUGUUUCAAUACUAGGUUGUACAUACAUGUCAGUAUAGCCUUUGUCUUUUUUCUGUCCUCUACCCCCCCCCCCCCUCCUUUUUCAAAAAGAUCAAAAAAUACAUUUGUGUUAUAAUGUUUGCUUUAUCACCACUGCUUUGUAUUAUCUAUGAAAUAGCUAUGAGAAAAGAAAAAAAACUGCUGUAUGUAUCGGAAUAGCAAACUGUGCUACAAAUGUAUUUUACUUAGUAAUCCUUGCUUAAAAAAAUGGGAAAAAAAAAAUCUCAUCAUCCUCGCAGCCAUCGGGUUGAGCUGGACAGGGGCAGGCUGGGUGGGGGUGGGCGCAGGGGAGGAUUAUCCCCCAUUUUGGAUUUUAAACUGUAUUAUAGAAAACAGACUUUGCUCUGUUAUCACUGACCGAUGCAUUUUGUACAGAUUUCUCCCCUCUUUGUGUUAAGCUGUUUUUUGAUACUUCCUUUUAAUGGUCCAACCACUGCCUUCUGUGGCUGUAUGGAAAGAUUACUGCUCCCAGAAAAGGGCACACAGGUAUAUCUCCACCUACAGGGUGGCCACGUCUUGCAUGACUAAUCCCAGGGUCGCCGAGAUGAGAGGGGUAUGGUUUAAGUGGUCAGUAAUAAUAUAAGGGUGUAUCGAUCUAAUGAUAUUUUAUAUGAAAUGAAUAGGAAAAAGAAGAAAAAUAUGCAGUGCCAAGAUGUAAAGAAUAUUGUUAAUGCUGUCUUUUUUUAAGGUUUUGUUGGAGAUGUUAAUUUCCACUCAUGCAUCAAAGCCGUGUCCUUUUUCAUCGGCGUCGCGCAGACGACACUCGUUUCUUUGGCAUCAGGAUAUUUAUAUUUUUAUCUGGAGGGUUCUUGUAAAUGAGUCAAACCAAGCACAGCGGAGACAGGUCAUAGGUCGGAGACCGCGACGCCUCGCGAGCUGCGGCCGCGCGGCGUCAGAUCUCCCCGACAUCACACGCCGUUGUUUCAUCCAUCACCAACCAUCCAUCCCGCUGUCAUUCCGUCACCCUCGCUCUCCCUGUCUCGCAUCACACUCUGGUUUCUUCCAAUGUGGAGGGGGGGAGGGCAGCCCAGGAGCUGUCACAGCUUUCUCAUCCUGCAGAAGCUUUUAGUUUUUCUUUUUUUUUUUCUUUGAAGAUGUACUCUGUAGUUUUUUUCCCAGUUUUUUUUUUUAAAGAGAGAAAUAUUGUUGCUCAUCACUUCCAUCAGUCUGUAACCUCCUCAUCAUUCCUCGUCUGUCUUGGUGCAGACCACUCUGUUGUAGUCAGUGGCGAUGACUGACGUGAGCAUUCUAAACAUGCAAUAAAAUGCUGGUUGUUCAGAUCA